AUGGACGGGUUACAACUUCGUGAUGAGGCCGCACAGGAUCGCGUGCGUGCUGCUACUGAAUUUCUCGACCCGAGCGAUGCACGGGCACGCAGUUACCGAGCGGAGAUUGUGGUGAUGCUGAAUAGGGGCAUGCGCCGCUUGACUGUUAGCAUCGAUGAAAUCAGAGCACACAACCGCGAGCUUGCUGAUGGCCUUCUCAAUUCGCCGUUCGAUUACUCGCAAGCCUUUGACAGAGCCUUGAAGGAGGUUGUCAAGACUCUUCCUUCUAGACCUGCCAAGGAAACCUCGGAGGAAGCUGCCUACUACUGUGCCUACGUUGGUGCAUUCGGAGAAUUUUCCUGCAACCCCCGCACAUUGGGAUCUCAACAAUUAAACCACAUGGUCUCACUCGAGGGAAUUGUCACAAAAUGCUCCCUAGUCCGCCCCAAGAUCGUGCAGAGUGUUCACUAUGUUGAGGCAAAGGACCGCUUUGUUGCAAGAAAAUAUCGGGAUCAGACUAUGAGUGCCAGCGGCGCAACCAGCCUGAACGUCUAUCCCCAGGAAGAUGAUGAUAAGAACCCGCUCAUUACCGAGUACGGUUACUCGACAUAUUUGGACCACCAAUCGAUCUCCAUCCAAGAAAUGCCCGAACGUGCCCCUGCCGGUCAAUUGCCCCGAAGUGUCGAUGUUAUUCUCGACGAUGACUUGGUGGAUACAGCUAAACCCGGAGACAGAAUCCAGCUGGUUGGUAUCUACCGCACCCUGGGUAAUCGAAAUGCAGGCAACGGAUCUUCGACUUUCCGCACUGUUGUCAUGGCAAACAACAUAAUUCAACUGUCUUCCAAGAGUGGCGGUGGCAUUGCACAGGCUACCAUUACGGAUACAGAUGUGCGAAACAUCAACAAAAUUGCCAAAAAGAAGAACGUCUUUGACCUUUUGUCCAAGUCCCUGGCUCCCUCUAUCCACGGACAUGACUACAUUAAGAAGGCUAUCUUGCUCAUGCUGCUUGGUGGUAUGGAGAAGAACUUGGACAAUGGUACCCAUCUUCGCGGUGACAUUAACAUCCUGAUGGUUGGUGAUCCGUCUACUGCCAAGUCUCAGCUCCUUCGUUUCGUUUUGAACACCGCACCUCUUGCCAUUGCUACAACUGGUCGUGGUUCUUCAGGUGUCGGUUUGACUGCUGCCGUCACUUCUGACAAGGAAACUGGCGAGCGUCGUCUGGAGGCUGGUGCCAUGGUUCUUGGUGACCGUGGUGUUGUCUGUAUCGAUGAGUUUGAUAAGAUGAGUGAUGUCGACCGUGUCGCUAUCCACGAAGUUAUGGAACAGCAGACUGUCACAAUCGCAAAGGCUGGUAUUCACACAAGUCUAAACGCGCGCUGCAGUGUCCUAGCAGCUGCAAAUCCAGUCUAUGGUCAAUACGACCCUCACAAGGACCCCCACAAGAACAUUGCUCUGCCCGACUCCCUGCUCUCUCGUUUCGAUUUGUUGUUCGUUGUGACGGAUGACAUCGAGGACGCUCACGACCGAACAAUUUCGGAGCACGUUCUACGCAUGCACCGUUACCGUCAACCUGGCACCGAAGAGGGCGCUCCUGUUCGAGAACAACUCAAUCAGACCCUUGGUGUUGGCAUUGAAGACCGCCAAGAUACCAAUGCCCCCACUGAGGUGUUCGAGAAGUUCAAUGUCAUGCUUCACGGAGGCAUGAUCAACCCUAACUCCAGCCGCAACCGCACAAAGAAUGUUGAGAUCAUUAGCAUCCCCUUCAUCAAGAAGUAUGUUCAGUAUGCCAAGUCCCGUGUCAAGCCCGUCUUGACCAAGGGCGCCGCGGAUCACAUCAUCGCCACAUACUCUGCUCUGCGUAACGACGAACUCACCGGCAACAAGCGCCGCACCUCACCCAUCACCCCUCGUACUCUGGAGACACUCAUUCGUCUCUCAACCGCACACGCCAAGGCCCGUCUAUCCAGCCGGGUCGACGAGAAAGACGCCAAACAUGCCGAAGCAAUCCUCCGCUAUGCCAUGUUCAAGGAGGUUGUCGAAGACGAGCGCCGCAAGCGCCGUAAGGUCACAUCCUUUGAAGAAUCCUCAGACGAAGACAGCGACCCAGAACUCAAUGACGACUCAGAGGACGAGACACCAGCCCGGGGCACCUCAACAGCAACACCGGGCCGCCGAACCGGCACAGCACGCACACGCACCACAGCAGCCGCAUCCAGCGUUCCCAUUCCAGACGAAGAGGACGACAGCCUGUACGCGGCCAGCCCGCGCGCCCAGCGCCUCCGCUCCAGCCAGACCCAAGGACGCACACAGACCCAGUCCGACUCCCAAAUGUCCAUGGCCUCAUCGCAGCCCGCCUCGCAACUCAUCGAGUCCCAGACAGACUCGCAGACCACAUUACCCGAAGUGCCUAUCACGCCUGCGCGCAUGGCCCUCUUCCGAUCGACUCUCGGCCCGCUUAUGGGCUCGAAGGUCUUCGCCGAUGGUGAUGAGAUGAAUGUUAAUGAGCUGAUUGGUGCUAUCAACACUGCUAUUCAGGAUUCCCAUGAUGCCAGCAGUGUCUUCUCAAAGCCUGAGGCUACCCAGGCGUUGCGAGUCAUGAACGAGCAGAACUUGCUUAUGUUCCUUGAGGAUGAUGACAAUGUCUAUCGUGUGUAA